UGUUCAUGUAGGUCCAACAUUUUGUGUAGGUUAGAUGGAUUGGAAUGAACUGUGUCAAUUAGAAACUGAUGUGAUUAUAAAACAGUUCACAAUGGCAAUGCUGUGGAAGUUCAUGAGAGUAGCUAAAUAUUCUAAAACAGCUUUAUCACCAAAAGUAAAGGAUGACUACAGCAAUGUCACAGAGAAGAUUCUUUCCAAGGUGGGGAAGAACUUGCACAACAGAAAACAUCACCCUUUGUGGCUAAUCAAGGAGCAGGUGAAGGACCACUUCUACAAACACUAUAUAGGGCGCCGUGGGACUCCACUCUUUUCUGUUUAUGAUGGUCUUUCUCCCGUGGUUACAGUACAGCAGAAUUUUGAUAGUUUACUUAUCCCUCAAAACCAUGCCAGCAGAAGGAAAGAGGAUAACUAUUACUUGAACCGUGACCACAUGCUAAGAGCACACACAUCAGCUCAUCAGUGGGACUUGAUACACUCUGGCCUGGAUGCCUUUCUGGCUGUGGGAGAUGUCUACCGCCGAGAUACAAUCGAUAACACCCACUACCCAGUCUUCCAUCAGAUGGAAGGAGUUCGGCUCUUCUCCUGCCAUGAGCUGUUCUCUAACAUUAAAGAUGGUGAAGGUUUGCAGUUGUUCGAGCAAGGCCAUCGCACUGCACACAAGCAAGAGUGUCACACCAUGGAGGCAGUGAGGCUGGUGGAGUUCAACCUGAAACAAGUGCUCACAAAGCUCAUGACUCAAAUCUUCGGUGACGGACUGCAAGUCAGAUGGGUAGAUUGCUACUUCCCGUUUACUCACCCUUCCUUUGAGAUGGAGAUCAACUUCCAAGGAGAAUGGAUGGAGGUCCUGGGCUGCGGGGUCAUGGAGCAACAGCUUGUUAACUCAGGUACUGAAACUCCUUUACUUCAUUGA